AUGAUAAUUCUCAAUGCUGUGAGAAACCUUUGUUAUCACCGGAUAAUCCAAAAUCCGCGACCAUUCUACAUCAGAACUGUCUCGACUACGAAUAAGAAAUCCGAGGUAAUUGAAGCGCAUCCCGAUAAACCUCACGUAAUCAAAGAAGAAACAAAUGAAGACCACGCACCGGCGAAUAAACGAGACUGGCGUUCGUUUGGAUUCGAUGAUUUGAACGAAGCUAGAGAUAGAAUGUGGGCUUACUCGACCAAUUUCUUCCUGGUAUUUUGUUCGCUGACUUGCGUCUUUAUAAUGAUGUACUAUCCGGACGCAGCUGAUCAAAAUUGGACUCAACGCGAAGCAUUUAUUGAGCUAAGACGUCGCGAAGUCUUAGGGUUGCCGUUAGUCGAUAUGAAUUACGUGGAUCCCGCAACCGUCCGGUUACCUCCUGAUGAAGAACUCGGUGACGACGAUAUUAUUAUUUAG